GCUCUUGGGAUGGGGCGGAGUUCCGGCUACCGCAAGCGUUGGGGCGAGCGGGGAAGUGGGAAUCGUUAGGUUCGUUCUGGACUUGCCGCCCCAUGGCCCAGGCGUCUCGCUCUGGUGGCCUUCUGCCUCCGCUCGCUACCGUUUCCCCACUGUGGGCGCAACCCGGGGGCGCCGGGGAGGAGCAGUGGGAGGGAAGGCGGGCGGGCGCUCUUCGCGGGGAGGUUGGUGGCUGGCCAAGGCUACCGGUUGCCAGGAGCAUCCCCUGUCUGCACCCGCGGCCCGGUGGAGCUCCAGGAGGACAGCCAUGGUUGCUGGAGGAUGUAGGCGAGGACCACGAGGCUGAUGCCGCUGACUGGAGGGGAGAGCCCGCAGCUGGCAGCCCGAUCCCUCCCGUGCUGAGGCGUCUCCGGGCUGUGUUGCUGCGGCUGCACCACGAGCGACAGCAGCUCCUCCAAGCCCGGGACUGCGCCCGCCUCCUGCAGACGGCCGUGUGCAUCCUGAGGACCCCGAGUCCUGGCUCACCGUCCUGCGGCCCUAGCUCUUUGCUCCAGCUGUGCUGCGACCUGCAGCUGCACCAUCCCGGAGGGGCAGCCCUGCGAAUCGGCUUUCAGGAAACUGUGGAGCCGCUACUCCUGGCGCGCCCCAUUGGACUAGCUGCCCAGCGCCUGGAUACUGCCAUCGAGAUGCAGCUUCGCGCUCUGGGUCGGGCGCCCGCCAGCCCACGCCUGUCGUCCCAACUCGCCGAGCUGCUGCUGGCACUUCCCGCCUACCACAGGCUGCAGGGAAAAGCCAUGAGCCACGUCCCAGGGGCUGCGCGUCCUUUCCCCCCUGCCCGUGUGCUCCGACUCUUGACAGGGGAGCGGGGUUGCCAGGUGGCAAGUCAGCUGGGUGAGGCGUUCAGGAGAUCGGGAUUGCGUGACCAGCUCCGCAGGUGGUGCCAUGAGGAGCGGGAGCUGCUACCAGGGCUGCUGGGCUUGGUGGGGGAAGUGGUGGGUUCAGCCAGCAGUAGCCUGGGGCUUGGAGGGGCUGGAGCCCUGUGGAGCCAAUAUUGGACCCUGCUGUGGGGAGCUUGCGCUCAGAGUCUGGACCCAAAUCUGGGACCCUGGAGGGACCUCAGGGCAGCAGCACAACAGCUGAGUCAGGCACUGGGUCAGGCAUCCCUGCCUCAGGAGUGUGAGAAGGAGCUGACUUAUUUGUGUCACAGUCUACUUCAUCAGUCUCUUAUCUGGAGCUGGGACCAAGGUUUCUGCCAGGCCUUGGGAUCAGCUCUUGGGGAUCAGAGCAGCUUUCCCUCAUCCUCGUGUACUGCUGAACUUUUGCAACGGCUCUUUCCUCCUCUCUUGGAUGCCCUUCGAGAACACCGGUCACGACUGAUCGUCUGUUGGUCUCCAGGUCCUGCACCCAUCGCCCUGGGGCUCUGUACUCUGCAGACUACCUUGCUGUGGUUGUCGGGCAGAGCUCAGCACUACCUGGCAACAUGGGCCCCAGGUUCCUUCCUGCUCCUGAUCCAAAAGGACUUACCUCUUCUAUUGCAUGAGGCAGAAACUCUAUCUAGCCUGGCCUCAGAGGAAAGCUCAGCUCUAGAAGUGGAGCAGCAGCUGGGUCUGGAAAUCAAGAAGCUGACUGCACAGAUCCAGCUCCUGCCUGAAAAGUCACUAAGUCUCUUUUCUCAAGAAUGCCACAAACAAGCCAUCCAUGGUUUCAAGAUCCACAUGCCACGGGGUCGGUACUGGCGGCUUCGUCUCUGUCCUGAACUUCCCAGUGUUCCUAGUGAGUAUGCUGGAUUAGUGGUCCGCACUAUACUGGAGCCUGUGUUACAGGGAUUGCAGGGAUUGCCACCUGAAGCCCAGGCCCCUGCCCUCAGUCAGGCUCUGACAGCCAUCUUGGGUGCCUGGCUUGACCACAUCCUCACCCAUGGGAUCCGGUUCAGCCUGCAGGGGGCACUACAGCUCAGACGAGACUUUGGAGUGGUCAGGGAGUUACUGGAAGAAGAGCAGUGGGGCCUGUCCUCAGAUCUUCGCCAGACUCUGCUUAUGCUCAGCAUCUUCCAGCAGCUGGAUGGGGCCCUGCUGUGCCUGUUGCAGCAGCCCCUGCCCAAGUCUCAAGUCCACAGGAGGUCCUCCUGUUGCUUCCCGAAUCCUAAGGAGCCUGGGAUCAGAAGCCAGAAAGUCAGAACUCCCCCGCCAGCUGGAAAAACCAGACAUUUAGAACUGCAUAUUAAAGAAUCCUAGAAUUGAGAGCUCGAAAAAAAGCAAACCUGAGAACCACAAGUGACACAAAGCCUGGACUUAAAGCUACAAAUCCCAGAUCGCUUCAGCACCUGGAAUCCAAAGUAAAGAGCAGAACCACAGCCUGGAAGCUGAAGGUCAGCAUCCUUGGGAAGUUCAGGCCUAGUCUCUCAUCAGUGAAGGCAUCUAAGGGCUGGGAGUGGGAGGAGGGCUAGAGAGUUAGAUCUCGGGAUAGAGAAAGGGAAAGGCAAUAGAGAGCAGAGAGGCUAGAUGCCACUUUCACUAAGUCCCUGGAGCCAGGCUAAAAAGAGUUACUUAAGUAACAGUUAAAUCAUAAGGUGGAAUGAUUUCCUACACCUGAAUCAGUCCCAAGGGCUGUAUUACCCUGUACUUCCCUACCCACUACUGUUUUCAGUCAUUUGAGAAUACUGGGCUGUAAGGACCUUCAGUUUAAGCUUUGGUUACUCAGAGUUCGACAUGUUUAUACUUCAGUUACCUGAAUGGGGUUUACCUCCUAGUAGGAGGAUAAUCCCUGUUGUGAGUAGUGCUCUCUUCUUAGAAGCAGCCAGGAUUUAAGAUGACGUUAACCUAGAUCAGGCACAGCAGGAUAAGGAAGGGAAGAGGCUGCAGAAAACAUAUAUUUUUGUGCAAGGGGGUUUUUGUACUAUUUAUUUAUGGUCUUAACCGUGGUACAAGAGGACUAAUAAUGAUAGGUAGUAUUUAAUGACCAAUAAC